AUGUACAGCCAGACCCACCAAGGCCAACAUGUCCUGAUGAACGGCGGCCAGGCCCAUCAACGUUUUGGCAUGCAGAUCCCCAAGUUUCAAUCUCAGGGUCACCAUCACCCGGCUCAGCAACCCCACCAUCACGCGCACCACAACCAAGCUACCCACAACAUCACUCAUCAGCACAACUUCUCGAGCGGGGCAUUGGCCGCUGCAACCCCACACUUCACCCCGAGCCACAUGCAAAAUGGGGCUCACGCUAACGUUGACGAAGAUAUUGACGAGUCUAUGAAUGAACAUUGGCAACAGCAGCUGCAGCUGGCGGCAGAGUCGCGGCAGGCAAGCUCGCCUCACUACUACGCUCGCGCUGUGGCCCAGCAGACCAAAGGCAUCCAGAUUGCUCCCAGCCAGCCUGACGGACAAGAAAAUGGUACCGAUAACCGGAACGGGACCGUGAAGACGAAGUCGAAGCCGCGGCAGGGUUGGCAUGCCCUUGAUUUCGGCGGCCAGGGACUCCGUGCACUCUCAACGUCGUUGUUCAACUACGUGUUCCUGGAGAAGCUCUAUUUGAAUCAUAACAAGCUGAAGGCGCUCCCCCAGACAAUUGGACAGCUGCGGAAACUGGAGCACUUGGAUCUGUCGGGCAAUGACCUCACAGAACUCCCGGAAGAAAUUGGCAUGCUUACGAGCCUGAAGAAGCUGUACCUGUUCGACAACAAUAUCCGCACGCUUCCUUACGAGAUGGGUUACCUUUACCGUUUGGAUACAUUAGGUAUUGAGGGUAAUCCUUUGAACGAUAUCCUCAAAAGCCAGAUUAUGAAGGAAGGGACCAAGGCUCUCAUCAGAUAUCUCCGAGAAGAAAUGCCAGUUCACCUCCCCCCUCCGGAUAGAGAUUGGGUGAUCCUCGAUGACACCUCAAGCUCCACCGAGAAAGUGACUGUCCUCUCCCAUAACGCCCUGUGUGAUUCGUCAGCAACCUCCUCCCACUUUGGUUAUACCCCGUCUCGUGCCCUGUCCUGGGAGUUCCGGCGAGAACUCAUUCUCAGCGAACUACGGUCCCACGACUCGGACAUCGUUUGCCUGCAAGAAGUCGACCAAGGUAGCUACAACGGAUUCUUCCGGGAGCAAUUGGCGUACAACGACUAUAAGGGAGUGUACUGGCCUCGCGGAAGGGCCAUGGGUAUGCAGGAGGAGGAAGCUAAGAACGUUGACGGUUGCGCGACGUUCUUCAAGGGAAGCAAAUUCAUUCUGCUGGACAAGCAGAUGAUCAACUUCGGUCAGACCGCGGUCCGGAGACCGGAUGCCAAGGGCCAGGAUGACAUCUACAACCGACUUUGGCAGAAGGAUCACAUCGCCGUCGUCGUGUUCUUGGAAAACCGGUUGACGGGUUCGCGGUUCAUCGUCGUGAAUGCUCAUCUGUACUGGGAUCCCGCAUUCAAAGACGUCAAGCUGAUUCAGACCGCCAUUCUCAUGGAAGAGAUCACGAAGCUGUCCGACGGAUACGCCAAGUGGCCGCCAUGUACCGACAAGACUGCGUUCCGUUUCUCGGAAGCCGAAGGUGGUGGUGAAUCAGAGAACCAGCCGGAGCCCGCGCCAUCGAUGGAGUACGCCAGUGGGGACCAGAUCCCGCUCUUCAUGUGCGGAGAUUUCAACUCGUCCCCUGGCUCUGCCGCCUACAACCUCAUCGCGAACGGACGGCUUACCGAAGAGCAUCCGGAUUUGGAGAAACGGCUGUACGGCAACCUGAGUCGGGUCGGCAUGACCCAUCCCUUCAAGCUCAAGUCGGCAUACGGGUCUAUCGGCGAGCUGAGCUUUACGAAUUACACGCCCGACUUCAAGGACAUCCUGGAUUACAUCUGGUACACAUCAAAUACACUUCACGUUUCGGCGUUACUGGGCGAGGUGGACAAGGAUUAUCUGCAGAAGGUACCCGGGUUCCCGAAUUUUCAUUUUCCUAGUGAUCAUAUCGCAUUAUUUGCGGAGUUUUCAGUUAAAGGGAAAAAGGGUAAGGUUGUGGAGGCGGAUUUUGGACCGCAACGGAGCUGA